GCAAAAAAAAAAAACAAAUGUAACAAAGUACAUUUUCCUAUAAUUGUAAUAUAUGAAGAGCAAUUUAACGCCGCGACUGCAAUGAGAAUCCGGAAGAAACCGGGGAUUGUGAAUCACUUGUGAAUGUUCGUGAGUUUGGCAGUGGAACGAACUAAAAUUCUGUAAAAAUAUUAAAUUACAUAAAAUUGUGGCCAAAUACCUGCACAAACGUGCACCGUGCAAAAUGCCAAGCUAAACCAAUAAUACAAUUGUGCAGUAGAAGCUCCCGCGAGAAUUAAAACGAAUUUCGUUGAAAUUUUGGUGUUUUUUUUUCGCAAAAGCAGACAAUCGCGGACCUCACGCCAAUUAAGCAGUCAGCGAGCGAACAGCAAGAAGCAGUUGGACGUCACGAAAAGGCCAACAGGAAGAGGCGAGGGCUCGCACUGCAGUGUGAGUGACCACAAGGACAUAUAGGCCGACCCUUGAAAGCCUUCACAGAAAAUACAGAGCGCACAAGAAGCGACGAGCCAACGAAUAAAUGGCCGAUGGAAAUGGGCUGUCAUCAGGUGCAGCUUCCGGUGUGGUUGUGGGAGGGGGCGGAGGUGUUGCUGGUGACGGUGGACAGGCAUUGAAUAACUCGUCCUGCAACACUAGUGUCUCCAGUGCGGCCACAGGCAUGAGUUGUAGCAGCAGUGGUGGGGGCGCUGGCAGUCAAGGCUAUCAUCAAUUGAGCGUGACAAUUGAGGAGGCGUCACUGCGCAAUAAUGGGUUCCUGAAACCAAACCCAUAUGUCGAGCUAGUAAUCGAUAGCAAAAGCAAGCGUAAAACAGAACUGGUAAAGAACAGCUAUCUGCCCAAAUGGAACGAGGAGUUCACAGUGCUGAUCACGCCCAAUUCGACGUUGCACUUCAAGGUGUUGGACCAUUCCAGUUUUCGCAAGGAUGCCAUGCUGGGUGAGCGGGUCAUCCAUUUGGCAGACAUACUGCAGCACUUCAAUGGUCGGUGCUCAGAUUUAGAGCUGUCCAUUGAUCUGUUCGUCACAACGAAGUCGGAGAAUCGGCAAACGAAAAGCGGCGAGCUGGUGGCUAUUCUGAACGGAUUAAAGCUGGACAUGAGUAAGUUAGCACUGCAGAACGGCAAUGCUGGAGGGGCCACUGCCAUGGCAGUUAAUCCAGCUGUGAGUGAAGCUGCAAGCUCAGGCCGCAGCUGUGUCAUUUAUGGAGGAGUGCGUGCGCGUAUGCGGCUCCACUGCAAUAAUGUGAAUGAGAAUGCGGCGCCUACACGCUCUCCCAUUGCCAAUGGUAGUACUGGAGACCAACAGCUGAUGCAUAGCAUGCGACGUGGACUGGCGCCGCCCGUGUGGGAGCAACAGCAACCCCAACAGCAGCAACAACAACAACAACAGCAGCAACAACAACAACAGCAUCAACAACAACAGCAACCACUGCGUCUGGUCAAUGGCAGCGCGGCGGCAGUGCCGCAAACUGCGUCCUAUCCACAGCAGCCACCGCCCACGACAUCGCCCGUCACUCAACGUCCACUUCCGCAACUAUAUGCCAAUGGGGCGGCCAUGCAAAUGCCGCUCCAGCAGUCGCCCGUCGUUAUGGAAAAUGGAGCACAGGCUACCGCUGCCGGCUAUAUGGCGGUGACGGGGGCUGUAGGCGAACAACCGCCCAGCAAUGUUCUGCCUGUGAGUAACGUGGCCGAUCCUCAGUUGCAAACACAGCCCGCUGAUGAUGAGCCUCUGCCUCCGGGCUGGGAAAUAAGAUUAGAUCAGUAUGGGCGUCGCUAUUAUGUGGAUCACAAUACACGCUCCACCUACUGGGAGAAGCCAACACCCCUACCUCCGGGCUGGGAGAUACGCAAAGAUUUGCGCGGACGCGUUUACUAUGUGGAUCACAAUACACGCAAGACUACAUGGCAGCGGCCAAACAGCGAGCGUUUGAUGCAUUUCCAACAUUGGCAGGGACAACGGGCACAUGUAGUGGCGCAGGGCAAUCAGCGGUUCCUCUAUCCGCAACAGCAGCAGCAACAACAGGCGGCGCAGGUGACGCAAGACGAGGAGGAUGCUCUCGGGCCGUUGCCCGAUGGCUGGGAGAAGAAGGUGCAAUCUGAUAAUCGUGUAUACUUUGUAAACCACAAGAAUCGUACAACCCAGUGGGAGGAUCCGCGGACACAGGGUCAAGAGGUAAGCCUUAUUAAUGAGGGUCCACUCCCGCCAGGCUGGGAGAUUCGUUAUACAGCGGCUGGCGAACGUUUCUUCGUGGAUCACAAUACGCGGCGUACCACAUUCGAGGAUCCGCGACCCGGUGCGCCGAAGGGAGCAAAGGGUGUGUAUGGAGUGCCGCGGGCCUAUGAGCGCAGCUUCCGCUGGAAGUUGUCACAAUUUCGUUACCUGUGCCAGAGCAACGCUCUUCCCUCGCAUAUCAAGAUUACGGUCGCUCGGCAAACGCUAUUCGAGGAUUCCUACCAUCAGAUCAUGCGAUUGCCGGCCUAUGAGCUGCGCCGGAGACUCUACAUAAUAUUUCGUGGUGAGGAGGGGUUGGACUAUGGUGGCGUGUCGAGGGAGUGGUUCUUCCUGCUAUCGCAUGAAGUGCUGAAUCCCAUGUAUUGUCUGUUCGAGUACGCGAACAAGAAUAAUUACAGCCUGCAAAUCAAUCCUGCCUCCUAUGUAAAUCCGGAUCAUCUGCAGUACUUCAAGUUCAUUGGACGCUUCAUUGCAAUGGCGUUGUAUCAUGGACGCUUCAUCUAUUCCGGCUUCACCAUGCCCUUCUAUAAGCGCAUGUUGAACAAGAAGUUGACCAUCAAGGACAUUGAAACAAUUGAUCCGGAGUUUUAUAAUUCUCUAAUUUGGGUGCGUGACAAUAAUAUUGAUGAAUGUGGUCUGGAGUUGUGGUUCAGCGUGGACUUUGAGGUGCUGGGUCAAAUCAUACACCAUGAGCUGAAGGAGAAUGGCGAGAAGGAGCGUGUGAUAGAAGAAAACAAGGAGGAGUACAUAACACUUAUGACGGAGUGGCGCAUGACGCGUGGCAUUGAGCAGCAGACUAAAACAUUUUUGGAAGGCUUUAAUGAGGUUGUGCCACUGGAGUGGCUCAAGUAUUUUGACGAGCGUGAGCUGGAACUGAUAUUGUGUGGCAUGCAGGAUGUAGAUGUAGAGGAUUGGCAACGAAAUACCAUUUACAGGCACUACAAUCGCAAUUCAAAACAAGUGGUUUGGUUCUGGCAGUUUGUACGUGAAACAGACAAUGAGAAGCGGGCCCGUCUGCUGCAAUUUGUCACAGGCACCUGUCGCGUACCCGUCGGUGGUUUUGCCGAGCUCAUGGGCUCAAACGGCCCGCAGCGCUUUUGCAUUGAAAAAGUGGGUAAGGAGACGUGGCUACCGCGCUCGCACACCUGCUUCAAUCGCUUGGAUCUGCCGCCAUAUAAGAGCUACGAUCAGUUAGUUGAGAAAUUGACCUUUGCCAUUGAGGAGACUGAGGGCUUUUGCCAGGAAUGAGUGGUGGUGGAUUUGUGGUCGGUUUGUUGAUUAAUGUUUAAUUAGUCGCGCAUCGUCCUCGUCGUCUGUCCUGUGUUGCGUUGAUAGUUACUGUUAUUAUUAUAUUAUUAUUGCAUAUAUUUAACCUUAUUGUAUUGUAUGUAUUACUAUAUUAUGUACACUCUAUGUUAAGGCCGCCUCGGGUUUCCUAUAUUCAACACUUACUUCUAAGCGUCUGUUCCACAAAAGCGCUGGCUCAAUUGCUGCAAUCGAUUGUUAAGUUUCCAUAAUUUCCAUUAAUUUUUAAUGCACAUUUCAUUCACACAGCUUAGUGUUUGUGUACCAAUUUUAAACUAAAUUUUAGAAAUCAAAUCAGGCAGACUGUCCAGAAACAAGCGAAACGAAAGCUAAAAAGAUACAUACCUAUGAAUAAGUAUAUAUCUAAAUGUAUACUUACGCAUAAACCUGAGCAAUAGCAAUGCUGCAACUAAUUACACACUUUAAGAAUUAUUUUAUUUAAGGUUUUAUUGUAAAUAAUUAUUUGAAACUGCUGCUUCUAUUGCUCACUAUUCCACCACAAAUCAUUGUUAACACACAGAGCAUAACUUUACUAUCCAGAACACUCGUACAUCGCCGAUAUGCGCGCGUGGCAAGCUUGAAGUCGAACUAAGUACAUACUUAGGUAAUGUAAAAUGCAACUAAAUAGCGUUAAAGGAUAACUGAUUUUAAUUGUUCAAUUGUUCACAACUGUAGCUCUAAGCAUACUAUGCAUAAUCACUAUACAGAAAAAUUUAUUUUAAACAAAAAAAAAACACAACCAACAAAUAUCGUGCAAACUUAAAACACCGGAUAUAAAACAAACAACUCAUAACUAAAUGAUUUAGUUCGUAAAGACAAGUAAACCAUAUAUAUACAAGUAUAAAUACGACAUGUAUGACUUCAUAUAGCAAUAAUUGUUGAUAACAAAAUGUAGUUACAAACAAUUAGCGCAAAGCAAAACCGUAUGUAAUACAUAAAUAGGGCAAACUAAGGGCAAUUCAUUGUUAGUUGUAAACAGAAAUCACAAAAUGCUACGUUUAUUGUAAAAUGUCGAAAAUGUUGCGUGAGGCGUGGCCGGAGGAAGUUGUGUAAAGCAGAGUGGCGUCUAAAGUUGAUAUAUAAAUAGAUUUCAAUUAGUUUAAUAAAAUGUACUGUAUUAAAAAAAAUAAAUGCAAAAUUAUUUAGUGAUA